AUAUUCUCUUUGCUUACAACUGACAUUGACAUCUUACCAACGGUUGAAAAAGAAAUCAGAAUUUCAAACUGCAACGGUGAAUAACAACAUUUCAUUGAAUCAACUGUUAUGAAAUUGUUUGUUUAUUAGUAUUUUCGUUAUAUUCUCAUGGGAUUAAAAUUAGGUAAACUAAAAAUAAUAUACUGGUGACAAAAAUUAUUAAAUGUGUACCAUGUUACAAAAAUGGAAGCAAAUUAUCACUAACUGGAUUAAUUGCUAUUUCAUUGAAACUGACGAAGAUGAACGAACCGUGAACACAGAAUCUCUAUUGAACAUCAUUUCUCAUUUACGUAAAAAUUUAAACUUGGACGAAUCGAAAUCGUCCGUACUUGAAGCGCAUACCGUUGAAGAGUUCAUUUUAGAGAAGUAUCCAGAAUUUAAAUUUGAAAAUGGAACAGUUGAGGCGACUAACGAAGAGGAGAUAUAUCUGGUGGCAUCUCUGCUUCUGUUCUUUGUGUGCGUGAACUCUAAGGAUGUGGACAUCAAGAGCGCGAUGUGCAGCAAGCUGAGCGGUGAGGACCAGGAGAUCAUACUCAAGUUCAGCAAGAGCCUCAUGGAGUGCUCUCCUGUCACAUGCAGGGAUGUCAGGGCAGCUAUCACAGAAGCGUGCGGUGUAGACAUGGCUUACUUGGAACCUGGACGUGCCAAAGUGGCUGAGACUCCGCCAGCUCUUCGCUCCUUACAUGGCGAAGUGAGAAGACUGCAGGCUGCGUUGGAUGCGGAACGCUUUGACCAUAAUUAUCUGCAGGAGGAGUUGUCAAGAACCAAUGCUAGGAUGGAGACAUUGUUAAAGGAUAAAGAACAAUACAAGCUGGACAUAGUAAACCUGAAGGCAAAGAUAUCCAUGUGCUGCGGCCAGGAGCAGGACCCUCGUGGGCAGGAUGCUGAGACACAAUCCUCCGUGAAACUGGAACGCCAACUGCAGGACAUGGAGGAACGGCUUGUACGAACACAGGAGAUGCUGGAUGAUGCUACACAUGAAAGGGAUACUUACAAGGCCAAGAUGGAUCAGCUAAAGCAGGACCGAGACAAGUGGCUAUCCCUCAGCCAGGAGGAGUGCGCCCGCGCGAACCAGUUGGCCGAAGAGCUGGAUGUAGAACGACGCCACAUGCAGUCCCUGAAGGAACUGGUCACCGAGCUGCGCCAGCAUAACCGCCUCAAUCGCCUCGACUCCAGCUUACUGGAGUGCGAUGACCACGACACCAGCAUACAGUCGUUGCAGCAUAACAUCUCUGUCUGCAGUGAAGCCUGUGUCAAUGUGAUUGAAGUGCAGCUUGCUGAAGAGAGAGCCAAAGUCGAAGCUCUCAAGCUUCAACUACAGAGGGUACAGGACGAAAUGAAUGACCUCUCUAACAAAACUGAUAACGAGAAACAAACUUACGAUAAAGAACUGUCAGCGCGAGAAAAUGAAAUUUGCAAUCUCAGACAUCGCAUUAAUGAAGAGAUUGAGGAAAAAAAUAAUUUAAAAUCCCUUUACAACGAUGAUAUUAGCAAAUUGAACAAUGAAAUCAAUGAACUCGAACAAAAGAUCAAAGAAAACAACGACAACUCUCGGAUUGUUAUCGAAAAGAAGAUGCUCGAAAUACAAACACUGCAGGAAGAGAAACUGUCUCUACUGCAGAGUAUGUCGGACGAGACAACGAAACUGGAAAACAAUAUUAAAAACUUAAAAAUGGAAAUUGAAUCUGAAAAACACGCACGGUUCAACAUGAGAGAGAGCUACGAAAACCAAAUGAUGAAGCUAAAUGAGAAGGUGCUGAACAGGAACAACGAACUUGUCGAGUUACAGAACAAUGUGUUCGAUAAGGGCGAAGUCAUCGAAUCUCUGCAAAUGGACUUGAGGAAGGAAAAGGAACUAUCAAGCAAGUACCAAACCAACAUGCAACAGCUUGACAAACAAAAGCAAGAGGCGGAGAGCAAACUACACAACAAAUCUCAUGAGAUGAAUGCCAUGCAACAGAGUCUCGAACAUAACAUCACCACAGUAUUGAAAGAAAUAGACCAUUUCAAGAAAUCAGUUGCAAGCCUUAAAGACCACUGCUCGCAUCUAGAGGAGUGUAAAUCCGAGUUGGAAGCUGAAAUAAACAACCAAACAGUUAAAUUCGUGGAAUUGCAUAAGGAAAUGGAACACCACGAAAAUGCUCAUCGUUUAGAAGUCGAGAGACUGAUAUUUGAAUUGAAUAAGAGUAAUGAACUGGUGAACACACUGCAAACCAAUUUACAAGACAAAAUAAACUUCAACAUGGGUCUACAAAACGAACUUCAGGAACUGCAACAAGCUAAAGUGACUCUCUCAGAUCAAGUAAAUAAACUCAGUGUGGAAUUCUCGAAAAUAACUGUAGAAGUAUCUGACAAAGAAAAGACUAUUCAAGCAAUGGACUUUUACUUAGAAGAAGAGAAAAAUAUCAGCGAAAGACUAAAAGUUAAUAAUAUGAAACUCAACGAAGAGUUGGAAAGAAUUACUAAGGAUGUUACUGAGAAGACUAAAAACAUUGAACUUCUUAAUCAUGAGCUGGAAACAGCUAAGAAGGCUCACCAGGAUGAGCUCGCUGACGCUAAUGAAACUAUUGACAUUAUAAACCAUAAACUAACUAAACUUACAGCUAAGAAAGAUACUUUGCAGAACAAACUCGAAGCAAUGAAUAAUGAGAAGACUAAACUCGAAAUGGAAUUGGCUGCAAAAUGCAAGGAGAUAUCACAACUGCAGGCGGAGUGUGAGAAAAUGUCCAAAACCAUUGAUGAGAACAAGAAAGCCAUUCGAAGCUUAGAUCAAAAUAUGACUAAAGAAAAGCAAAAAUAUUCUGCACUCGAAAAAACUUAUGAUGCAGAAGUAUCUUCACUGAUGGCCAAACUUGUUGAUACAGAAAAAAAUGUCAAAGAACUUAGUACACACUCUAGGAAAACUAUUAAAAGUAAAGACCAUCUAAUACAUGCACUUAAUAAUGAAAUCGAAAAUCUUAAAAAAGAUCUAGAUGCUGACAGAGAAAAUGUCAAUGUAUUAAAUAAAAAGAAUGAAUCACUAAUGCAAAAGUUAGAGGAAGAAAUAUCAUUUAAAAAUAAAAUUGAAAACGAAUAUCAGAAUGUGUGCGCUAAGUUGGAAAAUAUAACAAGCCAAUUGAGUUCUGAAAUUAAUGUUAAAAAUUGUGAAAUAAAUAAAUUGAAAAUUGAAUAUGACCUUGCUGCUAAAACGAUUGAAGGAAAGGGUAGAGAAAUCAAAAUACUUGAAGACCGAUUAGGUAAAGAGGAUCAAUUAAUCAGGGACCUAGCUCACCAGAAAACUGUUGAGACUAAAGAUUUACAAAAGAAGCUAAGCAAUAUGGAAUCCUUGAAUUAUGAACUACAACAAGAGGUUAAAAAAGCAUAUGAUUGUAAGAAACAAGCCAUAGAAGCAUUGCAGAAAGAAAAUGAACAGCUACAGUUUGCCAUUGAAGAAGAUAACAGCAGCCAUGAAGUUAUAGUGAAGGAAAAGGAUUGCGUAAUUGACAGGCUGGAGAGACAACUGAAAGUGCUCACUGUUCAAUUAGAAUCAUUGAGGAAAGACUACGAAAACAUAACACUAACUUUGGAGAAGUACAAGGUAGAGUCGAAAGAAACUAUCGAAGCUAAAGAAGAACAAAUAGGCAAGCUGACACAAGAAGUUGCAACAUUAAAGAAAAAUAUUGUUGAUGUGACUCAUGCAAGGGAUGAACUGUCUGAAAAGAUAGAAACUAUGAACAAAGAGAAGAACGAUUCCAAUAAGAGGAAUGAAAGCGAAGUAUUCAAACUAAUGGAGUCACUCGCUCACGAGGAAAUUAAAAAUGCCGUCAGCAUCAGAGAGAAAGAGGUUCUAGAAGCUGAACUUGCAAAGGAAAGGGCAGCUAAAGAUAUGCUCCUAGCAGAAAAGGCGCAUCUCAGUGGGGACUUCCAAACACUAGUUACAGAUAAAAACGACUUGUUUAAUGAAAAGAUAUUACUGAAACAACAACUGUCAGAGGAGAGGUCUAAGAGGAAGAUGAUUGAGGAAGAAAAAAAUGUUCUCAUUUUGCAAAUUGGAGCAAUCGAUAAGAAAUUGUUGCAACAAGUAGCUAUCAAAAAUAACUUACAAGAAGAAAACGAGUGCCUCACCCAACAGCUUGUGGAGGAGAGGUCAGCAAGACAGUUAGCAGAGAAGGAAGUUGAAAACCUUCUGGUAGAGAAACAUCGGAUAGAGCAGAUGAUAACUGAAGUGGAAAACAAUAAAGAGGAAAUGAGUCAUGAGAUAGACCACUUGAUUGAAAAACAGGGUCUGUUGGACCAGCAGUGCAAACAGGAGAAAGCUGCCAAUAAGGUUCUGAAUGAGGAAAAAUCUAAGUUACAACAACAGCUCUCGAGUGAGAAGACUUGUAAGGACGCGUAUCUCAAGGAAAAUAAUGCUCUAAUUAGUCAAAAUGAAACUCUCAAACAAGAUUUACUUGAAAACAGAACUAUUCAAGAGGUUCUGAUCAAUGACAAAGAAUUGUUACUUGUUGAAAAGGAAGGACUCGUGAAGUCUUUGGGCGUCGAGAAAUCUGCACACGACGAAAUUGAAACUGAGAAAGAAAAUCUGAAUGCAAAAUUAAAUGAGUUGAAUGAAAAAUAUACAUCUGUUGUCCAUAGUAAACAAACUGAGCUCGAAAAUGUUGCUGAAAAUAUGAAGCAUUUACAAGUGCUAUGCAAGACUCAAGAAGAUUCGAUCGAAGAAUUCUCAACAAACUUAAGUGUUGGACUAGAAAAACUCGUGCAAGGACUCAAAAAGGAGGGGAUUGCAAAUGAAGUGCUACAUAAAAUAUUAGAAACAGAAAACAAGGAUAUGUGUGUCGGGGAUAAGUGCGGGGUCCUUUUGAACAUUGCUGAUGUUAUAACUUCUGAAUUAAUAAUGAGGAAGAAUUUAGAGAAGGCUCUGGAACACGAGAAUAGCUCAUUGGCUGAGCUGAGACAGGUGCUACAACAGAAAGAGAUGCAAUUGUUUGAGCUGCAGACAGAGAUCAAGCGCUUGCAACAGGUUGUGAGUGAAAACAAAAUCGAACUAUCGAAACGUACCGAAUCAUACAAUACAGCGUUAGACAACAAAUCAAGGGAAAUGCAUAUAUUGCAACAAGAGAACCAAUCUCUUACGAACGAUUUGAACGACGUAAAAUUACAAUUGGAGGUAAAGGUGCAUUCGUUGAAGGAAAAACUGAUUGACAAUGAGAAUUUGACGGACAAAUUGAAGAGGACGUAUGAAAGCCAGAUUGAUAACCUGAAUGUUAUGAUCACUAAGCUGACGAACUACUUGAAGGAUAAGACUGCAGAGUUGGAGGCUGUCAGGAAGGAGAAGGAACGCCUGCAGCAGAUUAUUGAAGACAAUAACUCAGCUAUAAAAACUUUAGAAGAUGAAGUAAAGAAUGAAAAGUUGAACCUAGAAAAAUUAAUUAACGAUUUUGAAUCCGAAAGACAAGUCCUUAAGAACAUGGUGACUGUCACUGAGUCAAUAAUGGAGGAUCAGAAGACCACGCUUAACAACGUCAUCGCUGAACAUUUAAAAACCAAUGAAAACCUACAAGAAGAGAACAAACACCUCAAGGAUCUAUUAGAAAACGAGAAAAAACAAUUCGAAGUAAAGAUUAAAGAAAAGGAUGCGGCAUUAGAAACGAUGAUUAAAGAGAUAGGGGAAAUCAAAAUUGCGAAAGACAAACUGGAAAUUGAGGUUAACGUUAAAAAUGAACAUUUUGGAAAGGAAAUCAUUGUCCUACAGAACAGAUUGCAGGAUAAAAUGCUUGAAGCUAAGAGACUGCAGAAGGAAUGUAAGCAAAUGACUAAACAAAUACAAAAAUAUAAAAUGGAUGUCGAAUCAUUGGAAUGGCAAAAUGACGCCAUGGAAAAACAAAUGCUGCAAGAAAUAAAAGAAUUAAAAAAAACUUUAAAAGAACGCAAUCAAGUCAGCGAUGGUUUAGAAUGUACCCUCAAAGAAAAAACUGAAAAUAUUAAAGAAAUGGAAGAAAAAGCUAAAUUACUCCAUGAGCAAAUGAAUGCAUUGGAGCAAGACAACAGUACAUUGAUUAAAGACAAAAAUGAAUUAAUGGAAAAACUUAACGCUGUCCAAGCUACCUUAGAUGCAAAUAUCGCGAAAGAUUCUGAAAAGAAUGCCAAACUAAAUAAUGAUAAUCUGAAACUGGUUAGCAUUAUCGAAGAGAAUAAAACUGCCAUCAUGAACUUGGAACAUCAAUUGAAGGAGGCCACACAAACGCAUCAAAAACUCGAUGAAGCCGCUAACAACGAGAAACUUAGCCUUUCCAACAAUUGCGCCAUCUUGCAGGAAUACCACGACAAAGCUGAGAAAGAACUAGAAGAGAGGCAAAGAGAAAUAAUAUCUUUACAAAAAGAACUCAAAACUGUACUUGCUAAGGUUGAACAGUGUGAGGACGAGUCCAAAGCUAAGGACGCUAUUAUAUCGAAAAUGAGCAAAGAAAAAGACGCUAUCAUUAAAAGCGUGACUAAAGAGUUCGAAGAAGAAAAGGUUUUAAGAGAAACGUAUCAGAAAGAGAUAGAAGAUAAGACGACGACCAUAAUGGAGUUGAAACAAAAUCUGGAAGAAAUAAAUAACGAUAGAGAAGCUUUGAACAUUCUGAGGAAGGAGAACGAAGAGCUUAUCAAGGCCGUUGGACAGAGAGAGACGUUUGCAGUGUCGAAUCAAGAAAGAACCUCUGCUGUCAAGCACUCAGGGCAAGCGGAGAAGGAGCUCCGCGACCUUCACCAUCAGGUAGAUAACACUUCUUCAGACAUCACAUACUCAUCCAUGGAGAGCUCAAAGACCAUCUCAGAUUUAGAAAAGAUCAUCCAGGAUAAGAACCGCACUAUAACCACGUUGCAGAGCGACGUGUCUUACAUGAAGACCCUGCUGGCCGAGUCCGAGACUAAGCUCAUGGACGUGUCGCAAGAACUCGACGUCAGCAAAGAGAACUGCCAUCAGCUCUCGUCACAACUCAAGAAAAUCGUGCAUCAGAAGAAUGACGAGAUCGCCGACCUCAAGAAACAAGUCAGCAAAAUGAGCGUCGCCGAAAAUAGAGUCACACAAAUUAUCAAAGUGUCAGCCAAAUACCAAGCUAUCAUUCUGAAGAGGAUCGCCGAAAUCAAAACGAACACGGUCUUCAAAGAAUUAACUAACUUUGGAAACGCUAACAGCUAUGAUAAUGAGUUAAAACGUAGUUUGAACGCGGGCUCAAUUACCAUGGAAGACUUGGAAAACUUCCUUGAGACUACAGAUAGGCAUAUAAGAAAAUGUUCAGAGAAGCAACUUCUCCUUCAAAAGGAACGGGACAGACUGACCGAAGUUAACAGGAUCCACGAAACGGAAAUCAUAAAUCUAAAGAAGUUUCUGAGUGAGCUGUCGGUUAGCUUCCAGACUUUCAGUUCGGUGAAGGACCUGUACGCUCAGAAAUUAAGCAGGGUUAUUUCGCUUCAGCGAACGGUUAGGCGCGAAAUACUUAGUUUAGACGGUCAGGUGACUGACUCGUGCAUGGGCAGGCUGGAGCGGGGCUACGCGGCGGCCAUGCAGGACCUGGCCGAGUGCGCGCUCAACCUGGAGCGGUGGGUCGAGCGCUGCAUCGGCAGGACCAUCUCCUCCGAGAGGAUCAAGCAAGCCUUCAUGAGCGAUUCCGAGCGCUCGUCGCUGGCCACGACCAGCUUCCAAAACGCGGGCUUGGAGGUACAGUGCGAGGAACUCGAGAAAUCUUUCCAGAAGCUUCUGGAGGAAGUGACUCGGGCUCCGAAAGGCGAGGGCGCGCGCGACCCGCAGGCCCUCACCGUCAUGGAGGUGCGCGCCGAAUACGAGGACAAACUCAACAGAAUGAAGGCUAAAAUGAAACAACUGUACACGGCGCAGAUAGACGUGUUCAAGGAGAAGCGCAAGGAGGAGAUCGCGGUGUUGGAGCGGGAGCUGGCGCGCGCGCGCGACAAGCUGGCCGCGUCCAGCCGCGCCUACGAGGACCACAUCCGCGGCCUCACCAGCGAGCUCUGGUCCGUGGGCGAGAAGUUCCUCGUCAAGCGCGACGAGGCCGACUGGCUGCGCCGCCGCCAGCGCUCCGGCUCGCUCAUGUCGCUGCAACACGUGCACUCCUCUGGUCUAGUCCCUACCCAAGAGGAGCCAUCUCGUCCAUCAGAAACUGUUUCCCUUCGAUCUCUACCCGUCAACAAUAACGCUGCGCGACGAGAGACCGGCACCCUGCACAUGUCGGACGAGGAGAGCGAGAUCUGCGACAACCGCUACCUGAAGGAGCUGGCGACGCCCCGCGCGGCCCCGGCGCAGCGCCUGUCCGAGCUGCGGCGGAGGAACUCGCUCUGUCCGCCGCAUCUCAAGAGCUCCUACCCCGCGGAGACACAGUUCGCGCAGGCCGUCGAUGAAGAGGACAUCAAGUUUAUCAACGCAGCCGGCGCCAGUACCGCGGCUCCCGGCAAGCCCCAACGCAAGGAGGUUGGCAUCAUCGCCUACAAGAAGCCCGGCCCUCCCACACCCAGCAAGCAAGCGGGACGACUCUCCGCUACAGACUCGGAGCUGCGCGAGUCAAUGCGUGUGGAGGCCGACCCGCAGCCGUCGCGCAAGACUAGCACUCCGUCCCGACUGCGCUCACUCUUCCGAUCCGCUAGAAACGAUACCGCCGAAGGAACCCCACGAAGCAGAAGGCUGAGUAACAUCUUUAGGAAGAAGUAGUUUGUUUUUUGACAUUUAAUUUCUGGAACGAAAUUGUUAUAUAAAUAAAUUAUUUAUUGCUUUUUUAA